AUGGGCAGGAGGGAAGACGUGGAGGUCCUGCUGAGGAACGAGGGUCUGCGCAACACCCGCCACGCCAUGUACCUCACGCCCCACGCUCCCACACAACAGCAGCAGUCUGGAGCAGAGCAGCACGAGGCCCUCAUGGGAAACAAGCUGAGGGUGGUGGCCAAGAACUACUUCCCCUACUUCAGCUACGAACCGCUGAGCGACAAGCCUGGCACCCUGGUGACACCCAAGGACUCCCUGUGUGCCCGCAUGAUCGCCGCCCUCGCCACUGCUUAUAACUUCACAUACGAAGUGAGGGAGCCGGAGGACGGCCAGUGGGGUCUUCUCACCAGCAACGGCAACUGGACGGGCCUGGUGGGGACACUGCAGCACGAGAACGCAGACUUCUCCGUGGACAUCACCGUGACGCUCGACAGAUCCAAGGUGGUGGAUUUCACGGCGCUCUACAUUGAGGAACCUGUUGUAAUUCUCUCUCCAAAACCAAGACCUCUUCCCGAGUAUUUGUCGCUUGUUAGGCCGCUGGAAGCCAACGUCUGGGCUGGUGUGGUGUUGAGCGUCUUCGCGUGGGGUGCGAUACUGUGGCUGAUGCAGAUGUGCUGGCAUUGGAUUUCUGGAGGUCGCCGGUUGAGCUUCUCUUCGUCCAUAUUCUACGGGUGGGCGGUGCUGCUGGAGGACCACCCCUACCACCCGCCCGUCAACACCUCCAGUCAGGUGAGGAUCCAAGUGUUCCCGAUGGGCCUUCGGCACGCACCCAAUGUGAUUUGUAUUUACAUCAUGGUUGUAAAGAAAAAGGAAGAUAUUUUCGAUUAUCAGAAAAAUGGUUACUAG